GAGCAGCAAGUUAGCGAGUUAGGGAGAGAAUACAGACUAAGAGUGUGAGACUGGGAUACGACACGUUUGAUUACUAAUCAUGGGUUUUAUCGAUGGAAAAUCGGCACCGGUGAUAAUGAUUAUCGUGAUUAACAUGAUUAAUGGGUUGGUUAACGCUUUGACUAAGAAAGUUCUUGAUGGAGGCAUUAAUCAUAUGAUUAUUGCUACCUAUCGUUUGGGUAUUUCUACAUUUUUUCUUCUUCCGAUCGCUUAUUUUUGGGAACGGAAUACAAGGCCGAAGCUAACAACAAGCGUCUCGUUUCAGCUUUUCGUCAGUGGCCUUCUUGGGGCGAGUUUGAUGCAAUAUUUCUACUUGCUUGGCCUCAGCUACACUUCUGCCACCUUGGGAUCUGCUUUCUGGGGCACAUUGCCUGCUAUAACUUUCAUUCUGGCAUUAAUAUUUAGAUUCGAAAAGCUAAUUGUGAAAACAAAGGCAGGGUACGGCGUCGUAUUUGGAGCUAUGAUAAGCUUAGCUGGAGCUUUAAUUCUUACGUUGUACCAAGGCAUUCCAUUAUCGAACUCUCAGGAACACGCAACGAUUUCACACAUCCAAAAAGGACAUGAGAACUGGAUCAAAGGCAGUUUUCUUUUAUCCUUAGGAGUUAUAUUGUUCAGUUCAUGGAUGCUUAUACAAGCCAAGGUCAACGUGAGCUACCCGUGUCCAUACUCAGGUACGGUCAUUUUAUCGGUCUUUGGGACGCUUCAGUGUGCUCUUCUUAGCUUGAUCAAGACUAGACAUGUGGAAGAUUGGAUUCUCAGAGACAAACUCACCAUCAUCACCGUCAUUAUAGCGGGUGUGGGUGCACAAGGGAUGUGUACGGUGGGAAUAUCAUGGUGCAUCAAACAACGUGGACCUGUCUUUACAUCAGCAUUCAGUCCUGUCACACUUAUGUUCGCAACCGUGUUCGAUUUCUUGAUACUUCAUCGUAUUAUUUAUUUGGGAAGUGUUGUUGGAUCUGUAGUAGUUUUUAUCGGUUUAUACAUAUUUUUAUGGAGUAAGAGAAAACAAAUAGAUAUCAGUAAAAUCACUAAGUUACCUACUACUACGGUAAAAGAAGGAAAGGAAGAAGAAGACCAUACAAAUGUUAACAAUUAGGUUGUCUUUUAGUUAUCCCAUGAGUACUUUAUCUACUUUCCUAAACCCUUUUUUUUAUCCAGAAAGAUCGAUAUGACCUACGAAUCAACUAUGAAGAAGAUACGAAAGUGGUCAUUUGAUUGUUAUUGGAGUAUAUUAUCGUGUGUGUUGCAGUGUUAACCUUUUGGAUUUUACUUUCCAGUGACUUAAUCUGGAUAUUGUAAUAUUUAUAAAAAAAAAAAUAUUUCUUUGGACAAUUUUCAAUUAGAAGAUUUCUUUAGUAUGAAUCACUAAUGGAG